AUGGGGAAUAGAGUAAAAUUGUCUCCAUUAUAUAUGCCAUCAUUCAGAUGGAAAGGAUCCAUAUGGAAGGCUGUUUGGAUACAGUAUUUGAUUUGGCUUGCGUUGUUCGGCUUUGUGAGCAUCAUCUACCGUUUCGCACUCACCGAGACGCAGCGAAGGAUGUUCACUUGCCUUGUCGACUUCACUAACGCCAGGCUCUCCUACAUUCCACUCGAUCUCAUGCUUGGUUUUUUCGUGGCUGGAGUAUUGAAGCGGUUCUGGUAUCUCUACAACAUUAUCGGAUUUAUGGACAACAUUGCUCUGAUGACUGCGCUGUACGUGCGAGGAACAAAUGAAAGAGCUCGCCAAUGCCGUCGAAAUAUUGUUCGAUAUUGUCAGCUAACUCAGGUCCUAGUUUUCCGCGACCUGUCGAUGAGGUGCCGUAAACGUUUUCCGACGCUCGAUACCGUCGCCGCAGCAGGAUUCAUGAUGCCUCAUGAAAAAGAGAACUUUGACGGAAUACAGUACAACUACAAUAAAUAUUUCUUACCAUUCAAUUGGGCAUGGGCCCUUAUUUAUCGUGCGAGACAGGAAGGAAUGAUAGAAAGCGAUUACUAUGUGACCGUGCUCUCAGAGGAAGUGAAGAAAUUUCGUACUGAUCUGGCAUGGCUGUGCAAUUAUGACUGGGUACCUUUACCGAUGAUUUAUCCAACAAUCGUUUGCCUAGCCGUUCACACCUACUUCCUCGUAGGAGUAGUGGCUAGGCAGUACGUGGAAGGAUCCACACUGGAAAGCGACUCAAUCGAUAUGGUUUUCCCCUUCAUGACCAGCAUUCAAUUUGUACUUUACAUGGGAUGGCUGAAGGUGGCCGAGGCUUUGCUCAACCCUUGGGGUGAAGAUGACGACGACUUCGAAACGAACGUGCUCAUUGACCGAAAUUUAGCGAUGGGCUUGAAAAUUGUCGACGACGGUUACGGAAAAACACCCGAGCUGAAGAAAGAUGCAUUUUGGGAUGAUGAAUGGGUUCCAUUGUAUUCGGAGGAAAGCGCAUGGGAGAAAAAGUACACUCAACAUGAAGGAUCGCUAAGUCAUAUCAAGUAA